CCCCGGCGAGCGACGAGCGUUGAGAGACGGUCGUGUACUGCGAGCAGCAGCGGCAUUCAAGACGGCGGCGCUUAAGCCUAAAGCGAUCGAAGCGGGCGCGAUCAUGGAGCCCAAGUACGAGUACGCGAGCGAAUUGAACCUCUACCAGGCCAACUACAUGCGCAACUCGAAGGCCAUCGGCGUGCUCUGGGCAGUGUUCACCAUCUGCUUCGCCAUCAUCAACGUGGUGGUGUUCAUCCAGCCGCACUGGCUCGGCGACACCAAGGAGUCGCGCGGCACGGGCCACUUCGGCCUGUGGCAGUACUGUCACCUGAUCCAAGACGGCCAGGACGUGACGUGCCAGGGCCGACUGGACGACUUCAGCUCGAUCCCGUCGGCGGCGUUCCGCGCGGCCACUGUGUUCGUCGGAUUAUCGGUUGUCAUGGUGUUGUUGUGCAUCUGCUGCAUGCUGCUCUUCUUCGUGUUCCACUCGUCAACUGUGUUCCACAUCUGUGGCUGGAUGCAGGUCUUCUGCG